CUCGCUUACGAUAAUUUUCGGCUAGCCGCUGUUACUAAGGAUUUGUUUCUGAAAAAAUUACGUGUUGAUUUCCCCCGUGAAGUAGUGCCAAUAAUACUUGCGCCACUGCUUUACCCUGACGAUACUCAAACACCCCUUGAGGAAAUGACUACAUCUGACGAUAUGGCAGCAGCUAUGAUGGACAACUCCCUAGCGGAAAUCAUUCGCGACAUCGGUUAUACCUUCACGGCCUCAGUCGAAGACUGCAAAAACAACAUGAUUAAUUUUGGUGCGAGGGAGCCUACAGCAAUAGACAUAGCAAGAAUAAUUUCUAUGAUGGUGAGAUACCAUGCAACAUUAUCGGAUGGACCACAAAUACAAACACCUGGAAAUUACUGGAUGAAUCACGAGGCCAAGAAAGAAGCACAUGGCCAUCCUGAGACAUGGAAUGCUGAAAUCUUUGUGCAAACAUUAAAAGAAUUAGCCUCGAAUUUGAAUUGGAAAGAAGUCAUUCUGCAACUUGACCAUCCAGAAUUUAUAGUGCCUGAUAGACAAGGUUUAAGCCUACUCUUUACGAUUUUGAGGUUAGGUCUUCAAAGUGCAGGCUAUCCUGCUAAUGUAUUUCCUGUAGAAUAUCUGUGUCGUCGCUGGACAAAUUUAGAAGGUCAAAUGAGUUUGAUUACCAACAUACUCAAGCAUUCAGACAUAUUUAGUUUUGCCGAUUAUCCAUUCCAUCCUGUAUCCAUUGACCUUUUAAAAUCUCCUCCGGAAACUGAUAAUAAAGAAAUAUCUACUUGGCGAUGUCUUUACUUGGUAGAGCUUUUAUUAUACGCAUCAGAGCGUGGAUAUUACAUGCAAGUUCACGAAUUAUUUAAAUUUCCGCUACAACAUUGUCCUGAUGUUUUACUGCUUGCAUUAUUACAAAUAAAUCCACCAGUAACUGUAUUUAGACAAGAAUUAUUAACAACAUUAAUCCCGAUAUUCCUCGGCAAUCAUCCUAAUUCAGGAAUUAUGCUGCAACAUGCAUGGCAUUCUCAGAAUCCUAAUAUAAAACCAAUAAUUAUGCAUGCUAUGGCAGAUUGGUAUAUACGUGGCGAAAGUGAUCAAUCGAAGUUAUCGAGAAUUUUGGACGUUGCUCAGGACCUUAAAGCGUUGUCAUUGCUAUUAAAUGUCCAAUCGUUCCCAUUUGUCAUUGAUUUAGCAUGCCUUGCUUCACGGAGAGAGUAUCUUAAAUUGGAUAAAUGGUUAACGGAUAAAAUAAGGGAUCACGGUGAGACUUUUGUUUCCGCUAUGGUGAAAUUUCUUCAGCGACGAUGUCCACAAGUGCUUGGUAAAGUACCAGAGGAACAACUACCCAAAGCUGCACAGUUGCCGCCAGAAACUAUUGGUACAAUGCUAACAUGCUUGCAACUAUGUAUACCCAAUGUGCAGCAAGAACUACAAGAAGCAAUAUGCAACGUUAUAGCUAAUUGUCAGACAUUGAUUUUGAGCAAAGCAAGACCGGGAAUAGCAGGUAUUGCUCGUCCGCAUACUAGAGUACUAGAAACGCCCUUUAACCCAGCUGGUCUGGGUGGGCAACUGUUUGCGACCCCUCACGUGGAUACUAUUGCGAACUUGACACCAAAUGUGGCCAAUAUGACCUUAGGUACACCUGCUAAUACAGCCUUUGCUAUGCCUGGCACUCUGGGGCCGCUAGUGACCACUCCAGCGUCACCGUCGAGACUAAUGGGUGCGGGACCAAACAGUCCUUUCGCUAUGAUUCAAAUGCAACAUAACCCUAACAUGGCAAACAUGACAGCCCUUGCUAGAAUGCCUCCCGCACCGACCAUGGAUAAACCACGAUUACCUGAUCCUAUACAUUUUCCCGAAAUGAUGCAUAAUGUUUCAAAAGAAAUAGAAGACGAAGCAAAUAGCUAUUUUCAAAGGAUCUACAACCAUCCUCCUCAUCCGACUCUGUCUAUAGAUGAGGUGUUAGAAAUGCUAAAGAAGUUCCAAGAUUCACCAAAUAAGAGGGAACGAGAGGUGUUUUCUUGCAUGCUCCGAAAUCUUUUCGAAGAAUACAAGUUCUUCCCACAAUACCCCGAUAAAGAGCUCCAUAUCACAGCACAAUUGUUUGGUGGUAUAAUUGAAAAAGGUCUAGUUCCUAGCUACGUUUCGCUAGGACUGGCUUUAAGAUUCGUCUUAGACGCUUUACGAAAACCAGAGGGCUCUAAAAUGUACUACUUUGGUAUAGCGGCUCUAGAUAGAUUUAAAUCUCGUUUAAAAGACUAUCACAAGUACUGUGAACACGUUAGGGCUAUACCUCAUUUUAGUGAAUUUCCUCCACAUUUAGUUGAAUACAUCGAAUAUGGACUUCAGAGUCAAGAACCACCUACUAAGCCACAGGGAGCAGUUUUACCAGCGAGUCUCGCAGCCAUGUUGAACCAGAACGCCGUUGUAACCGUUUCUGCGCCAUACAGGGCAGUUGUCUGUGUACACAAUCCCAUCUCAGUUAUAUCGAAGGUUACCAAUUGCACGGCUGGUGGCAUUGGUAGUAGACCCUCUAUUGCAAAUGCCACUAACAUAGAUACGUUACUUACUGCGACUGAUAGAGAUGAAAAAAUAAACGCUCCGCCAGAAGCAAUACAAGAUAAAACUGCUUUCAUAUUUAAUAAUCUCAGCCAACUGAACCUACAGACCAAAUGUGAAGAGUUAAAGGAAAUAAUCACUGAUGAAUAUUAUCAAUGGCUCUCUCAGUAUCUUGUAAUGAAGAGAGCUUCGAUCGAACUAAAUUUUCACGCUCUGUAUUCUAAUUUCCUCGACGUUUUAAAAAUUCGUGAAAUAAACAAGAUGGUAACUAAAGAAACUUAUCGAAAUAUAAGAGUGCUUUUGCGAUCUGACAAAGGCAUAGCGAACUUCUCUGAUCGAUCGUUGUUGAAAAACCUCGGUCAUUGGUUAGGUAUGUUGACAUUAGCUCGCAACCAGCCAAUUCUUUAUGUAGAUCUAGACCUCAAAGCACUCCUACUUGAAGCUUAUCACAAGGGUCAGCAGGAGCUACUUUACGUCGUGCCGUUUGUUGCGAAGGUCUUGGAAUCCUGUGCCAAGAGCGUCGUAUUUAGACCGCCGAAUCCGUGGACUAUGGCUCUGAUGAACGUAUUGGCCGAAUUACAUCAAGAACCAGAUUUGAAACUGAAUUUGAAGUUUGAAAUAGAAGUGCUUUGUAAAAACUUAAGUUUAGAUAUAACUGAUUUAAAACCAUCUCUAUAUUUGAAAGAUCCGGAAAAGUUAAGGACUAUUGAAUUCCAACUAUCACAGCCAAAACCGAAGGAGGCGACUAAUGUAAUACCGGUCAACCAGGCCGUCGUUCAGGCACCACAAAUACAAAUGAUGCCCCCUCAACAGCCGAUGAUUCCAGUUGAAGACAUGACUGCUGCCGUUCCAACGCCCACAAGUGGCAUGCUGCCCAACGAUCCAAACAUGAUGGGCGUUCUUGGAUUACCUGAGCCUAGAUUUAACUAUCUAGAUGUCAACGUAUCUUCCACCUCUGCGUUCGGACAGAAAAUAUGUUUUAAUCCACAUAUUAUUCUCUUCCAAAAUUAUCCACAUCUGAAGCAGUUUGUGAAGCCUGCUAUCGAAAGAUCAAUUCAAGAGUGGAUUCACCCAGUUGUUGAUAGAUCUAUCAAGUAUGCCUUGACGACAUGUGAGCAAAUUAUAAGAAAAGAUUUUGCCUUUGACCCUGAUGAAGUGCGAAUGCGAACUUGUGCGCACCAUAUGAUGCGGAACCUCACUGCUGGAAUGGCUAUGAUAACGUGCCGCGAGCAAAUAAUCAGUACCAUCAGUACUAACUUGAAAGCUGCAUUCAUCACUGCUUUGAUACCAACAACUCCACAACAGUUGAAUGCUUUACAGAAGGACAUUAUAGAAAGUGCAGCAGCAGUUCUAGCGACUGAAAAUAUGGAACUCGCUUGUGCUUUUAUUCAAAAGACGGCAGUCGAAAAAGCGUUACCUGAACUAGAUAAAAGGCUAAUGAACGAUUACGAAAUGAGGAAGAUUGCCAGGCAAGAAGGUCGACGAUACUAUGACCCAUUGGUUCUUACUUAUCAAACUGAACGUAUACCAGAAAGGGUUCGUCUGCGAGUUGGUGGCCCUACAGAUUUACAAAUAUCGGUAUAUGAAGAGUUUGCGUGCAACAUCCCAGGUUUUGUGCCCGUUCGUGAUGCGGGAAUGUUCAUUCCUAAACCAUCUGCGCAGGAGCAAAUACCGCAAGUGGCAUUCAAUCAAGUAAUGAAUCCUACACAGGUGUACGGUACAGAUGAAAUGGGCACACUUAUAACAGCGGCGGAAUUGUUCCUGUCGAACGCUUUGAGUGUACCCUUGUUUGCAGUUCAAGCUACAAACACGCAUACAUUGCUUGAGUGCCUUAUAAUUGCGAGACGGAACCGCGAUAUCGUUUCCGGAUACACAUUGUUGCAGAGAGCUGUCGAAGGUCUUCUGGACGGUCACAUCGUCCAGCCUGGUUCGAACCCUGAACAUGCCGAGAUGAUGACUCGCUACCGUGAUAUUCACCUUCGAGUCCUGAAGCUCCUGGAGGACGCCAGGGUAUAUGGCCACGCGUGGACGACCAAACAAAUUACGUACUGCGUCACGGAAUGCAGAGAUGAACUCAGAUAUAAUCUUGAAGCAAUCGACUGUUUGAUUAGAAAUCAUCUUAUUAAUCUACCGCAAUACGACCUCGCUUUGGCGCAUCUCAUGGACAAUGGUAACAACUAUGUCGCGGUGGCAUUCGCGAUGCAAUUGGUUCAGCUUUACCUAGUUGAUGACAGGAACACUAUGUAUGCGACUGAAUCUGAUUUGUACCAUACAACAGAGACACUCGUCAGAAUGAUGUCUCACUCCAGACAGGCUCCUCCGGAAGGCCUUGCUACUCUUAUUGAAACUAUCAGAAUAAACCAAGAUCCUAGCACGUAUCUCGGUGAAAGAUCACCACUAGGACCAACUGCUCAUAUUCACAAUGGAAUAUUACAAGUCAGAGCCCGAGACUACGAAGACCCGCCCGGCCUGCAAGAGAAAACCGAAAAUCUUCUUCGCGAAUGGAGAAACGUACUACUGAGCCCAUUAACUGAGAUAGAAAUAGGCCAGAACUUCAAUAUUUAUGUCCAUCGCAUGAAUAUGAACGGAAUACUGAAGUCUGAUGAUAUGAUAACACGUUUCUUCAGAAUUGCGACACAGAUGUGUAUUGAAAAUGUUUACCAGUUGUUGACAGAGGACAGAAUGAAUCCUCCCCCAGUGCCUCCAAAGAGGGAUAAGUACUACGCAAUAUGUGAUUCUUUCAUCAAGCUCGUGUCGCUUUUGAUAAAGAACACGGCAGAUGGUGGUAAUCCUACACCGAAACUCAAUUUGCUCAAUAAGAUCCUCGGUAUAAUUGCUGGUUGCCUUCUCCAAGACCACGAAGAGCAUGGUGCUAAUUUCCAGCAGCUACCGUAUCAUCGUCUACUCCUGAUACUUUUCCUUGACAUGAACAUGGCAGAGCCCGUCUUAGAAUCUAUGAACUAUCAGGUUCUCACAGCGUUCUGCCACACCCUCCGCAUAAUCCGACCUAGCGUGGCUCCUGGUUUCUGCUACGCCUGGCUUGAAAUCGUGGCUCACAGGGCCUUCGUCAACAGAGUACUAGCCGUGACGCCGCAACAGAAGGGCUGGGGGAUGUAUUCGACGCUGCUUAUCGACCUUUUCAAGUUCCUCGAUCCAUUCCUACGUAACACGGAAUUGGCGACGCCCGUUAUGAUGCUUUACAAGGGGACGCUGAAAGUGUUACUCGUCUUACUUCACGACUUUCCCGAGUUCCUAUGCGACUACCACUAUGGAUUUUGUGAUGAGAUACCGCCAAAUUGUAUCCAAAUGAGAAAUCUCAUCCUAUCAGCCUUUCCGAGGAACAUGAGGCUGCCUGAUCCUUUCACGCCGAAUUUAAAAGUUGACCUAUUAGCCGAGAUCACCCUGCCGCCUCGGGCUGUGAUCAAUUACGCGACGAUAAUACCCUCUACUCAGUUCAAGAAGGAUUUGGACGCAUAUAUCAAGGCGAGGGCGCCUGUCACGUUCCUGUCUGAGCUGCGUAGUAAUAUGCAGGUGGUGAAUGAGCCGGGCCGCAGGUACAACAGCCAGCUAAUAAAUGCCGUUGUCCUGUAUGUUGGUACGCAAGCGAUCGCCCACAUCCGGUCCAAGGGUCAGACACCGAACAUGACCACCAUCGCCCACUCCGCGCAUAUGGACAUCUUCCAAAACUUUACCGUUGACUUUGAUUACGAAGGAAGGUACCUGUUCCUGAAUGCGAUCGCGAAUCAACUUCGCUACCCGAACAGUCACACCCACUACUUCAGCUGUUGUCUGCUCUACUUGUUCGCGGAGGCGAACUCUGAAGCCGUACAAGAACAGAUAACUAGAAUGUUACUCGAGAGGCUUAUCGUAAACCGUCCGCAUCCGUGGGGUCUACUGAUAACCUUCAUCGAGUUGAUCAAGAACCCUAUCUACAAGUUCUGGAGCCACGAGUUUGUUCAUUGCGCUCCGGAGAUCGAGAAGCUGUUCGCUUCCGUGGCGCGUUCCUGUAUCGCCGAUAAGGCGGGAGGGGGGGAACGGGAACUGACCGAGUAGCGUCGAGCCCUUUGGGAGUCGGUCCGGCAAAAGCAAAUAUUUAAUUGCUUUGCCGAGAAAGGCUUCCAAGAGGCGCACCAGGGAGAAGCGCCACAACCGCAGACAUCAACUUCGCAACCUGUAAAGCACGUCUUGCAAUGGAACAAAUUAUUCAAAAAGUAAACUCAGUACAAUCCUCGUGCAUGGUCGCCCUCAACGGACGGUUAAAGUGAGAGUGUUUCAGUGAGAGUGUUGUAACUUGGCAAUCGAGCAAUCAAUCGAGUGCACAUCUCAACAUGAUUGCAUACACAACGUAUUAAAAACAAUUCGAUAAAAACAUUAAGAUACAGUGAAAUACAACAGUACAAUUAAAAUUAACGAUAUAAACCUGAAAAAUAGAUGUAGGUGCGCAAGUGAUAUAUGAUGACGUCGAAGUAUAAAUCUUUCGAACGAUCGGACCUCAAAGUACACUGUGACUUAAUAAAUCCGUCGUAUGAAAACGCCUUUUUUUUAAAACGUUUCGAUUCGAUUGUAAUAUUUGAAAAGCUCAAUAAUAUGAACACCUGUAUAAACUACAACUACCGUCACUUUAUACAUAUUUUUAUAAUGUAUUAAUCAACCGAUAAUAUACGAAAUAUAAUAAGAGUAUUCAUUGUUCAAUUUUGAUAAUUUAAUCUGAUGAUAAAGGUUAACUCAGGUAUUAAUAUUAACUGUACGUAUUCGUGUACUUUUUUGUAUCUAGGAUAUAUAUGUAAAUCUGUUUCGAAUUCGCUAGAUAUCCGUGUAUUAAUAUAUUCCACUAUUAAUAAUCACGAUUCAUGUUAUAUGCCUAGUAUUACGUGUAAUAUCGUUGUGUAUUAGUUUUCAAAUUGAAUUGUUGAGAUGUUAGAUAACGUAUUGUAAUUUAAUCCAGAUAUAAAUUAGAUCCUUUCUCUCUCAUUAACGAGUAAGAAAAAAAAGUUAAUUAAAUCCGUUGAUGUUUAAAGCAUGAUUCGAUAUAAUGAUUUGUAAAUUGUUAAUUGUGUGUUUAUAAUAAUGUGGACGAACUUGUAUAGGUUUGCGCUCCCGGUGAGGUCCACAGCGGCGCUGUCCGAACCGAAAGUAAAUAAUUAAUUUUAUGAUUUUACAGCGGUCGUAAAUUAUGGCCGGUGUUAUUUUAGUGUCCUCGUUUCUUAGAUUAGGUCGCGUCGCCGGAGGCCGACAACUGGCGAAUGUUGUGUCGGUGGAACUGCGCACAGUCUCAGCGUUACUAUAAGUCAAUAUUAUAUAAAACGUGAUUUGUCUCGAUAAACUCUCUGCCCGGUUUCGUUAUAUAUAGAGCUGCAUACAUCAUAUACACCAGAUCGGGUUCAGAGUACACGAGAAAUUCGCAACGGGGAUAGGGUUAAGUAUGUAGUUGUCAAACGUAAAAACGACUGACUAUAGUUUAUCGCGCAAUCGAGCCGUCUAU